AUGUCUGCGUUUGUAAUUCCACAAAUAAGACCCGACAUUUCUCGCGUCCACACCUAUCCGCUCUCAUCUUCGCUACCCAACACCAUCUCGUCGUCAACCAACACCCUGAGCCCUAACAUGCUGUCCCCACAACAACAAGCCUCAAAACGUCGUCGUCGGGAUACUUUUGUUGAACGCUUGCUCAAAGAUCCAAUCCUUCAGACGAUGGCCGACAUCGGGAAGCAAGAGGGCACCAUCAAACCAUUACCAGCACCACAACGUGCUCGUAGCCGCACCAUAAAUUUCAAUGAAUAUCAGAAUCAACAUUAUGGUGGUAAUGGUCUACACAGUCAUCUGCACAGCUCACAACACGCCAUCCAGAGUAAAAUAUAA